AUGGCCGACUCCACGGACGACGAAGAGUACGAGUACGACGAGCAGGCGUCGGUGUCCGAGGACUACCCCGACGAGUCCGAAGAUGAGCAGUCCGAGGAUGUCGAGGAGGAGGAGGAUGAGCCCGAGCCGGCGCCGGCGCCCGCCGCUCCCACCGUCUCCGCGUCCGCCGCGCCGUUCGUACCGGCGUCGCAGGCUGCCCCCGCGCCCCCCGCGCCGGCUCCCGCGCCGACGCCCCCCGCUCCAGGUGCGAACCCGACCGCGCAGGUCUCCGACCCGACCGAGAUCCGCGCGCUGCAGGCCCUCAACCUCAUGGCCACCGGCGUCAUGACGAGGGACCUCGCCCUGGUCGAGGGCGCGCGAUCCGCGGCCGAGUUCGCCGCGAGGGUGCGCUCCAUCGCGGACGCCCAGCCCGCGCCGUCGCGCCCCUCCGACGAGGCGGUGCGACGGCUGACGACCGAUCUCGCGCCCCUCGCCGCCCGCCUCGGGAAAUUCCAAACCCGACCAAACGACGCGAUGGCUGAACCCGCCGACUUCGAUCGAUCCGCAGAGCCCGCCGCCGCCGUUCCAACGCCGGCCCCCGCGACUUCAUCCGCCGCGCCCACGCUUCCGGUGCCCGCGCGCGUCGCGCAGCCCCCACCGCCCGUGGUUCCCGAGGAUGAGCUCAGCGCCGACCCCGGGGACAAGGAGGCGAUGACCGCGGCGAAACUCCAGAGCCUGCGCGUGAACCUCCUGAGGAUCGCGACGCGUCUGGGGCAGAGCCCGCGGAACACCGUCGUGGCGCAGGUGAUUUACCGCCUAGAGCUCGCCGAGCAGCUCAAGAGCGGCAAGAAGCAGCCCGCCGCGCCCGCCGGCCGAGGGUCGACGACUUCGUUUGAUCGCGCCGUCGCUCUCGCCGAGCGAAAGGAGAAGAACGACGGGGCCGACUCCGACCUGGGUUUCACGUGCACCAUCCUGCUCCUGGGCAAGUCCGGCACCGGCAAGUCCUCCACGAUCAACUCUCUGUUGGGAGAGAACACCGCCGCGGCGGAUGCGUUCAGGGCGGAGACCAAGAAGGUUCGCAUGGUUGAGCACAAGAUGCACGGCAUGACCCUCAGGCUCAUCGACACGCCCGGCCUCCAGCCCUCCUCCUCCGACAUCUCCUACAACUCCAAGAUCAUGGCCGACGCCAAGAGGUUCACCAGGAGGCACAAGCCCGACAUCGUCCUCUACUUUGACCGCAUGGACCAGCCCGCUCGCGUCGACCUCGCGGACCUGCCCCUACUCAAGACGAUCACCGCCACCUUCGGCGCGUCCGUCUGGUUCAACGCCAUCGUGGUGCUCACGCACGGCUCCUCCGCCCCACCCGACGGGCAGAACGGCCAACCCAUCUCCUACGAGAUGUACUUUGCGCAGAGGUCGCACGUGGUGCAGCAGAUCAUCCGCCAGGCGGCGGGCGACAUGCGGCUGAUGAACCCCGUCGCGCUGGCGGAGAACCACCCGAUGUGUCGCACCAACCGCGCGGGUGAGCGCGUCCUGCCCAACGGCCAGGUGUGGAUGCCCCAGCUCCUGCUCCUGUGCUUCGCGAGCAAGAUCCUCACGGAGGCGAACUCGCUCCUCAACCUCCAGGAGCAGAACGCCAAGGCUGCCAAGGCUGCCGCGCAGCAGCAGAAGGUUCCCCCGCUUCCCUUCCUCCUCUCCAACCUCAUCACCAGCCGCAAACCCUUCAAGCUCGUGGGCGACGACGACGACGAGUACGACGACGCCUCGGACAUCAUCCUCGGCGCGCCGUCCCCGUACGACGUCCCCAAGGACCAGCAGGAGGAGAUGCUGCCCCCGAAGCAGGUGGCGGUGCCCGCGCCGGAUCCCCAGCUUCCCCCGUCAUUCGACGGCGAGAGCGUCGGUCACAGGUACAGGUUCCUCGAGCCCACGUCCCAGUGGAUGGUUCGGCCCAUCGUGGAGGCUCACGGUUGGGACCACGAGAGCGGCAUCGAGGGGUUCAGCGUCGACAAGGGCUUCGUCGUCUUCAACAAGCACCCGGGCAACAUGUCCGGCCAGCUGACCAAGGACAAGAAGGACAGCAACGUCGGGUUCGAGGGCGGCGUCUCCGUGCAUCACACCAAGAAGUUGGUCACCACGACGGGGGUGGAUGUCCAGACGGUUGGCAAGCAACUCGCCUACACCGCCAGGGGAGAGACGCGGUGGAAAUUUUGCGCCGUCAACAAGAUCGCCGCGGGUCUCUCAGCGUCCCUCGUGGGCGGCGCGCUGGCGCUGGGUACCAAGCUCGAGAACCGCUGGAAGGUCACCCCGGGCGCCAAGCUGGUGGUGUCCGCGGGUGCGGUGUCGGCGAACAAGGAUGUCGCGUACGGCGGUAACUGCGAGGCGAUUCUCCGUCACUCGGACGACCCGGGUAACCCCAACAGCAGCACGGUGGGGAUGUCGUUCAUGAACUGGCGCGGCGACGUCGCGCUGGGAGGUAACGCCAUGUCGUCCAUCACCCUCGGCAGGGACACCCAGCUCACCGCGCGCGCCAACCUCAACUCGCGAGGCGCCGGGCAGCUCACCCUCAGGGCGACCACGAACGAGAGGCUUCAGCUCGCGUCCCUCGGCUUGGUGCCCCUGCUCGCCGCGCUCAUCGGCCGCAUCAGGGGAGACUAA